AUGGGCAGAGCUUUGGCAGCGAUUCCGUCCGCCGGGACCCCCGCCCCCAACUUGCUCUACGUCUCCUCUUAUGGCGGCAAGGUCGUGACGUUGGACGUGGCCGACGCCGCCGGCUCCUCUGCUUCGGGCGUGCCGAAGCUCAGGACGAUAGCGUCGACCGACGGCGGCGCGGGAACGCUGUCGUGGCUGACGCUGGACCACGGGCGAAGCACGCUCUUCGGCCUCGACGAGGGCUUGUCGUCGGAUCGCGGCUCGCUCACGUCGUUCAGGACACGGGCCGACGGCAGCCUCGAGACGCUGGCCAGGCUGGAGAUGUCUCCCGGCCCCGUGAGCGGCGUGCUGUACGGGCCGGAAGACGGCGGCUUGGCCAUUGCACAUUACCAGGGCGCCGGCUGCGCUCGUGUGACUCUGCUGACGGACGACGCCUUGCACUCCCACAGCAGCGGCUCUGCCUUAUCGACUUGGGACGUCUCCGAACCGUCCGAGGUGGUCAAGGUGCAAAGCGAGACGUUUACGCUCAACAAACAGCCGACGGUCCCCCAUCGCCAGGACGCGCCUCACCCUCACCAGGCGUUCCUGGAUCCGACGGGUGGCUUCCUCGUCGUUCCCGACCUCGGCACCGACGAGCUCCGCAUGUACGCCGUCGGUCCCCGCCUUGCCGUCACUCCUCUUCUGCCCGUCAGCGUGGCCCCCGGCAGCGGUCCCCGACACGUUCAGUUCGCCAAAAGGGGCGGCAAGACGUUCAUGUAUCUCGUCGCCGAGCUGACCUGCACCAUUGUCGGCUACGGCGUGACGUACCCCGCAGGCACCAUCAAGCUUGACGAGCUGUGGACGAUCGGGGUCCACGGCGAGGGAAAGCCGGUGCCUGCGGACGCCUCGGCCUCGGAGAUUGUCGUUUCGGCCGACGGCAGGUUUGCCCUCGUCUCGUCGCGCAACGAGAAUGGCUUCCUCAUUGGCGACUUUGACCCCUCCAAGGACGGGCAAAUCGUGUCGGACCCCAUCGUCAACUUCUCCAUCGACGACGACGGCAGCCUCCGCCUCCUCCAGGACGUGCCCGCCGGCGGUCGCGUCCCGCGCCAGUUUUCCAUGAACAAGUCCGGGACCCUGCUGGCGGUAGGACUGCAGAGCGACAUGCGCGUCGUCCUCAUCAGCCGGGAUCCCGAGACGGGCAGGCUUGGCCGCUUUGCUGGCUACGCCGACCUCGAAGGGGAGAUUACCUCUGUGGUUUUCAACGAGUGA